AUGAGUGAUGGCGAUUUUAGUGAAGCGGAGGAUGAUAGUGCAACAAGUUCAGCACGUGCAAGUGAUAGUAAACGGCAUGCUCGUGCACAGCAUAAUGCUUUAGAAAGACGUCGUCGUGAUAAUAUCAAGGAUAUGUAUGGUGCUUUAAAGGAUACUAUUCCUGGCAUGCGGAAUGAAAGAGCUUCACGGGCUGUUGUUUUAAAGAAGUCAAUCGAUCUAAUCACUUCACAAAAAGCUGAAUUGGAAAGAAUUUUAACGCAGAAUCGUACACUGGAACAAGAAAACGUCACAUUGCAGCAUGAAAUUGAACGAUUGAAGCGAAAAUCCGAAAGCCGAAUUAUAACUGAACAGGCAUCGGGUGAUGCAAGCCGGCGGACGAACAGGAACAUGCCAGGAAGUGAUCCUUCCCAAUUUAGUGCGCACCUCAACCUUCCAAAGCGUAAACGUCCAGCUCCAAGUGAUGACCAAAGUACUGUUCCAAAAACUGCCUAA